AUACCGAUGUAAGUUUAAUUCAGGCAAUGGCUAGGGCUGGAGAAUGAGUAUAAGGUUGCCCCUUUGCUAACGUGCAGUAGUGUUCAGUAGAAUAUUUAGUCAGUGCAGCUGUCAAGACGGACUCAGAGGGGAAAUGAAAACCACUUGGAACUGUGUGUCACGUUUUAUUCUCUUCAUCUCUUUGUGUGGAUCUAUGGAUCUAUUCCACUUUUAGAGCUUGGCGGCAAGAGGUGUUAUCUUCAGCUCUGAGCCCAGCUUUAUAGGCAAUUGCAAGAUUGAAUUUUUCUUUCAUUUCUGGUUGAGACAAGAGGACAGUUGGAGGAAUCACGGGGAAAACUUGCAUUUUGCACAGCUCUGUGUUUUUUGUUUUUUUUUGUUCUUUUUGGCUUUGAUGUUGUGAUAGAUGCUGGAACGCUGUGCUUAGAUUUAAAUAUGCUAUGAAGUUUUUGUUUUCACCUGGUCAGCACUUCUUUUUCAAAAUAUUCUCAUCUACCCUCUCACCCUUCAGCCCUUUUUAUUUUUUUUUACCAAAUGGAUGGAAUUUUUAACAGCUUUAUUAAGCAUUAAGAGGGAAGCUAUUUUAAAUAGAGAUACAGUGUUUUAGACUGGAUUCACAGCAACCGUGUCCUGCAGACUAACCUGUCUCAGGCUCUUUAGUGGAUCUUUAGAUCUUUGCCUCGUCUGACUGUCGAGAUCUUCCCUGCAGCUGGGUCAGUUGGUCAAAAGCAAGGAUGCAGGUGUCAUUGGUGUGCACAGACCAUCGUGGCGGCGUCAGCCGUAACACAGAGGACCGGCUAAACCGACAGAACGCAAACAGUCCCAACACAGGCACUCGCAGCAAAUUCAGAGCUGUGGCAAUGGUGGCUCGCAGUCUUGGACAGCUCUCUGUUCAGAGUGUGCCUUCUUCCAGUGAGCAAAGCAUGAAGACUGGAAUGAAGUAUAGAAACCUUGGGAAGUCUGGCCUGCGGGUAUCCUGCCUCGGAUUAGGAACAUGGGUGACAUUCGGUGGACAGAUAACAGAUGAGAUGGCAGAGCAGCUGAUGACUUUGGCGUAUGAAAAUGGCAUCAAUCUGUUUGACACGGCUGAGGUCUACGCUGCUGGGAAGGCAGAGGUGGUGCUUGGAAAUAUCAUAAAGAAGAAAGGAUGGAGACGCUCAAGUUUGGUGAUAACGACAAAAAUCUUCUGGGGUGGAAAAGCAGAGACUGAAAGAGGUUUAUCACGAAAACACAUUAUAGAAGGUUUAAAAGCCUCUCUAGAAAGACUCCAGUUAGACUACGUGGAUGUGGUUUUUGCGAACAGACCGGACCCUAAUACACCGAUGGAAGAAACUGUCCGAGCAAUGACCCAUGUGAUAAAUCAAGGCAUGGCUAUGUACUGGGGAACAUCCCGCUGGAGCCCAAUGGAAAUAAUGGAGGCCUACUCUGUGGCACGACAGUUCAACCAGAUUCCUCCCAUCUGUGAGCAGGCAGAGUACCACAUGUUCCAGAGGGAGAAAGUGGAGGUGCAGCUACCUGAGCUCUUCCACAAGAUAGGUGUGGGGGCCAUGACGUGGUCGCCACUGGCCUGUGGGAUCAUCUCAGGGAAAUACGACGGCAGGGUGCCUCCCUACUCUCGGGCCUCUCUGAAGGGUUACCAGUGGUUGAAGGACAAGAUCUUGAGCGAGGAGGGCCGACGUCAGCAGGCGAAGUUGAAAGAGCUGCAGGCAAUCGCGGAGCGGCUGGGCUGCACUCUGCCCCAACUCGCCAUCGCAUGGUGCCUACGGAACGAGGGGGUGAGCUCUGUCCUGUUAGGGGCGUCCAACACCGACCAGUUGAUGGAAAACAUAGGAGCGAUACAGGUGCUUCCAAAGUUGUCGUCGUCCAUCACACACGAGGUGGACAGCAUCCUGGGGAACAAGCCGUACAGUAAAAAGGACUACCGCUCCUAACCCGCAGCAUGGCCCCGCCCGGCAGGCUGCAGCCGCAGCGCCCCACCUUUGCCUGAUCCUCUGUUUGCUUGAGCUUUUACUGAGUGAGACCCUGGCGCAUGAGUCUGGCCACACCAAGGCCACCCAGGGCACCUCAUUUAGACGUACAGGGAUAAGAUGAGAAAAUGGGGGAAACACUGUGACCUCCACAGGAACGGACGGGAUUGACAAAGAAGGACAAAAGUGGUCAAGAGGUUAGGGAUAUGUGCUCAUAAUUAAAGCGGUUAGACAUUGAAUUCAGCUGAACGCAUUUUAAACUCAAAAAUACCUUUAAAAAAAAGCACACACGCUUGCUUGGCAGCCAGAAUUCUCUUCUUUUGCUUUCUUUUCUAAAACUAAAUGCAACAAAAAAGAAGAUUCAGUUCAUACUGUAUGAAUAUAAGAGAACUCUGUUGCACAUGUAUCAUAGCCAUGCAUUUGUUCCUUGGACGUUCUGUUUACAAAUGUGUGUACUGUACAAGUCGGUCGAAGUUUCUCUAAAAGAAAAACUGUUUGUGUUGUUGACGUUAUCUCUGUACGAGCCCCCUGUUGGGCUUUAACAAUCAGCACUUUAGUAUCGUCAGACCAGGAGUUGGGGAGGGGUGAGGAUGGGUAUUACAAUAGUCUUAUCUCACAACCAUUGCACUAUGAGUAUCACGUCUCCUCCUGAUAAUUCCUACUCCAAUCCCCUCCCGCCCUCCGUCUCUUCUCUGGCAGGGUGUUUGUCCAGCCUGAUGCUCCACACUCUAAGUGCAGUGGAGUCUUGCUUUCAGUGGGACUGAGGAGACGAGGAGAGAACAUUUGUCUCCAGCCUAAGAGGCUGCGAUACGGGGUCAGGAGCGUAGGCUGUCGUGCCACUGAAGAGCUAUAUUCAUCACUAACAGUAGGAACUGCAGUCGUCCUGCUUCACUGUGUUACCCAGCCUCUGCUCUGUUUUCAAGGCUGAGGAUUUACUGUAAAGGAAGAGUCCAUAUCAGUGCUGGCUCCACAUCUCAUGGAAACCUCUCCUUGAUCAAAUUCUGUUCAAGUGUUUUGCCUUAUUUACAGUUGCAUCAAACUGUGCUGUGGACUUUGGCGUAGACGAGCAGCUCGACAGCUGCCCCUUUGGCCAAACUGCCUGGAGUUCCCAGUGAAUAUGAGAACGCUGACUGGUGAAGGAGGAGGUGUCUCCUGCUAAUCAACGCGUGACAUCAGCUCAGGGAACGGAGCAGGUGGCUUUAGUUGUGCGGUGGUGUGCACGUGAUGAGCUUGUUUUUUCUUGUCUGUCUGUCUGUCAUGUUUGGACGCUGGGAAGGACCAGUGACGUUUUAGUGUGGUUUGAGCCAAAGAUCGCCAUCAUCAUCAUCAUCUUCAUCCCUUUGAUGGCUUACUCGAGUGUUUUACUUCUUGCAAGAUAGAAUUCAUCUUGACGCAUGUGCUGUCCAAUCUCUUAUUUAUCUAAGAUAUGGACGUAAAUCCAUAUAUCUGUUCUUGACCCAGCUGGUAAAUGCGUAGACAAUAUACGUCCUUCAUAUACAGAAUGCGUAGUACAGCUAAAUAGCAGCUUUAGGAUCAGUAAGGUUCAUUCCAGGCAAUGUGCGGCGUCGCACACUUAUUAUCGCAGAACUUGAUGCCGCCCCGUAUCAUUCUUUCUCCAGUGAGUGCUCUCUUACUGUGAUUAAAGCACAAGUGGAUAGCAUGUGACAUCCUCAAAGCAUGGGCCCUCAUCACACAAACUCCAGUACCAAUGGAAGAAGCACGGUGAUGCUACUCCGCUUACUAAUACAUGUAGAUAAUAAAACUUUACUAACAGCUGACCAGCUAUUGAUUCUUGGUAGAGAAAAUGUAAUUACAGGUUAAGAAAACUAUCAUUAAUGUGAAUGAUGACACAAAGCGUAGGCGCUUAUCUAAAGUGGAGCUGGGUUAGUCCAAGUAAACUUAAUGCCAGUGGACUCGUGUGGAUGAGGUUUGCAGUCUGCUCUGAGGUGACUUUUAGCCACAGCGAGGAGUUUGAACUUACUGCUGUGUGUGUGUGUGUGUGUGUGUGUGUGUGUGUGUGUGUGUGUGUGUGUGUGUGUGUGUGUGUGUGUGUGUGUGUGUGUGUGUGUGUGUGUGUGUGUG